AUGAAGAUGCUGAAGCUCGCCGGCGCCCUGCUGGUUUCCGCCAGCCUGACGGCGCCGUUGGCCGCCAAGGAGCUGAAGUUCGGCCACGUCGGGGCGCCGGGAUCCCUCUUCGCCGCCUCGGCCGAGCACUUCGCCGAGGUGGCCAACGCCAAGCUUCCGGACGGCUGGUCGGUCGCCGUGUUCGGCUCCAGCCAGCUCGGCAAGGACAAGGAGCUGCUGCAGAAGCUCAAGCUGGGCACCGUCGACUUCGCCCUGCCCUCCUCGGUCAUGUCCUCGGUGGCGCCGGAGUUCGGGCUGUUCGAGAUGCCCUACCUGGUCAAGGACCGCGAGCACAUGAAGCGGAUCGAGGCGGAGAUCGUCUGGCCGCAGAUCGCGCCGGCGGCCGAGGCGCAGGGCUACAAGGUCCUGGCCCUCUGGGAGAACGGCUUUCGUAACAUCACCAACAACGUGCGGCCGAUCACCACGCCGGCCGACCUGGACGGCGUCAAGCUGCGCACGCCGAACGGCGAGUGGCGGGUGAAGAUGUUCCAGUCCUACGGCGCCAACCCGACGCCGAUGGCCUUCUCCGAGGUCUUCGUCGCGCUGCAGACCGGCGUGAUCGACGGGCAGGAGAACCCGCUGGCGCAGAUCGCCUCGGCCAAGUUCCAGGAGGUGCAGACCUACCUGUCGAUGACCGGCCACGUCUACACGCCGGCCUACGUCACGGUCAGCGCCAAUCAUUUCGGCAAGCUGCCCGAGGCGGUGCAGGCGGCGCUCACCGAGGCGGCGCGCGAAAGCCAGAGCUUCGUCUACGAGACGGCGGCCCAGAUGGACGUCGACCUGCUGGAGCAGCUCAAGGCCGGCGGCAUGGAGGUCAACGAGGCCGACAAGCAGGCCUUCAUCGAGGCCAGUGCCUCGAUCUACGCGGCCUUCGCCGAGGAGGUCGAGGGCGGCCAGGAGAUGGUGGACGCCGCCAUCGCCCUGGGCGCCGGCUCGUGA